UUUAGUGGAGAGACGUGAAUGCGGGAGAGAGGAGAAAGAUCGGAGGAGAGUCAGUCAGUCUGCAACAGGGAAAAAAGGAUGCAAACUCCUGCCUCCUGCAACUUGCUCCGUCCUUAGUAAUCUGCAUCUGCCUUUCAAACGAAAAAAAAAGAAAUCUGGAAUUAAGCUACAGAAGGUGAUUAGUAUUUAAGAAAAUUGGGAUUUAAAACGAAAAGGGUCAAGAAAUGCAUCUUCUGCAUCUGGGUGUAGUGUUCGCAACUUCUGAUGCAAUGCAAACUGUCGCAACAGUGGGAUAACUGCAAAUAUUUCCUCCCCGCCGGCUGCUCAAGACUACGGCUGUGAUUUUUUUUUUAAUUUGGGGGGAAAAUAAGAAGAAUAAAGCCAAAUGGUUAUCCUCAUGCGGCCGGGUCUCUCUAAGAAGAUUCUGCAGGCUGCUUAUCCUGCUUGGCAGUUGGAUUCAACCUCUCGACAGUUCUGUGCGUUCUGAAUACUGCACCGAGGAGAAUUUAAGUGGUUAACCCUCUGCAGCAAUCUUCGCUCGCUGGUAAAUAAAUACGGUAGGGCUAAAAGAGAGAACUUGUUUGCAAAACCGAUGGGAGGGGAUUGCCACGGAGGGUAGCUGAGCCCCCUGUUAUUUUUCCCGUAAUAGUGUAGGUGUGGAGGGGAUAGGGUCUGGGGGGUUGCAAAUACCGGUGCUGUGAUCUGGCUCUGCAUAUUUCCCGGAAUUAUGGACAUGCGGGAUUUUUACCUGUUCCUGGCGCUGGCCGCUUGCCUGACUGUGGAUUCCGCUCUGGCUCAGGAGCUGGUCUACACCAUUCAGGAGGAGAUGCCCGAGAAUAUCUUGCUGGGUAGCAUCCCGCGCGAUCUGAACAUUUCCCGGUUUAAUGCGGCCACGGGGGCGAGCGCCAACCUCAUCUACAGGCUGGUCUCCAAGGCUGGGGAGGUUCCCUUGCUCCGGGUGUCCAGCGGCACCGGCGAAAUCUUCACCACAUCCAACCGGGUGGACCGCGAGAAGCUGUGCGCUGGCACUUACACCGACACCGACUGCUUCUUCGAGGUGGAGGUCGUCAUCCUGCCCAACGACCACUUCAGGCUGGUCAAGAUCAAGGUGGUGGUGCGGGACGUCAACGACAACGCGCCCAUGUUCCCGUCUCCCGUGAUCAACAUCUCCAUCCCGGAGAACACGCUGGUCAACAGCCGCUUCCCGGUGCCUUCCGCCACUGACCCGGACACGGGCAGCAACGGGGUGCAACGUUACCAACUCCUCAACGGCCAGGGGGCUUAUGGCUUGGACGUGGUGGAGAGUCCUGAGGGCGAGAAGUGGCCACAGCUGAUUGUCCAGCGCAGUCUGGACCGGGAGCAGAAGGACACGUAUGUGAUGAAAAUUAAGGUGGAGGAUGGGGGAAACCCUCAGAGGUCCAGCACUGCCAUCCUGCAGGUGACAGUCACUGAUGUCAAUGACAACCGGCCGGUGUUCAAGGAAAGCCAGCUGGAGGUCCGUCUGCCGGAGAACGCACCCUUGGGCACCUCAGUCAUCCAGCUCCAUGCCACUGACGCCGACGUGGGCUCCAAUGCCCAGAUCCGCUACCUCUUCAGCCCACAGGUCUCGCCGUCCGUCCGGAGACACUUUGCCCUCAACGCCACUGCUGGCCUCAUCACGGUGCAGAGGGCUCUGGACCGUGAGGAGACGUCCCUGCACAAAAUGACGGUGCUGGCCACCGAUGGCAGUUCCACCCCUGCCAGGGCCACUGUUACCGUAAAUGUCACUGAUGUUAAUGACAACCCACCCACCAUCGACAUCCGUUACAUCAUUAGCCCCAUCAACGGGACUGUCUACCUGUCUGAGAAGGAUCCGAUCAACACCAAGAUCGCCCUGAUCACUGUGUCGGACAAGGACACGGAUGUGAAUGGGAAGGUGGUCUGCUACAUCGAGAAGGAGGUGCCCUUCCACCUCAAGGCUGUGUACGACAACCAGUACCUUCUGGAGACCUCUGCCUUGCUGGACUAUGAGAGCACAAGAGACUACAGUUUCAGGAUAGUGGCCUCGGACUCGGGCAAGCCCAGUCUGAAUCAAAGUGCGCUGGUCCGAGUGAGGCUGGAAGAUGAGAAUGACAACCCCCCGGUCUUUAGCCAGCCUGUCAUCGAACUCUCUGUGGCUGAAAACAACCACCGUGGCCUCUACCUCACCACCAUCAGCGCCACCGACGAGGACAGCGGAAAGAAUGCCGAGAUCGUCUACCAGCUGGGUCCCAACGCCUCUUCCUUUGACCUGGACCGCAAGACUGGGGUGCUGACUGCCUCCAGGGUUUUUGACCGGGAGGAGCAGGAGCGUUAUAUCUUCACCGUGACUGCCAGGGACAGCGGCAACCCCCCUCUCCAGAGCCAGGCGGCUGUGAUUGUCACAGUGCUGGAUGAAAACGACAACAACCCCAAGUUCACCCAUAACCACUUCCAGUUCUUUGUGUCCGAGAACUUGCCGAAGUACAGCACCGUGGGGGUCAUCACAGUGACAGAUGCAGAUGCUGGGGAGAACGCGGAAGUGAUGGCUUCUGUUGUUGGCGACAACGACAACUUCAUCUUGGACCCGGUGAGCGGCGUUAUAAGAUCCAAUGUGUCCUUUGACAGAGAACUGCAGAGCUCGUACACAUUUGAAGUCAAGGCAAUAGACAGGGGCAGACCUGUCCGUACCUCCAUUGCCAAAGUCACCAUCAAUGUCAUAGAUGUCAAUGAUAACAGCCCGGUUGUAAUCUAUCCACCAUCAAACACUUCAUUCAAACUGGUGCCUCUUUCAGCCAUCCCUGGAUCAGUGGUGGCAGAGGUGUUUGCAGUGGAUGUUGACACGGGGAUGAAUGCAGAACUCAAGUACAGCAUCGUCAGUGGAAAUAGCAAGGGCUUGUUCAGAAUCGAUCCGGUGACGGGCAACAUUACUCUGGAAGAGAAGCCAACUGUGGCAGAUCAAGGUUUGCACCGCCUGGUAGUGAACAUCAGUGACUUGGGGUAUCCUAAACCCUUGCACACCCUGGUCCUUGUCUACUUGUAUGUGAAUGACACAGUAAGUAACGCCAGUUACAUCAAUGAGCUCAUAAGAAGAACGAUGGAGACUCCUUUGGAUAAGAACAUUGGGGACAGUACCCAGCCCUGGCAGAAUGAGGACUAUCUCACCAUCAUGAUUGCCAUCGUCGCGGGGGCCAUGGUGGUGAUUGUGGUCAUUUUUGUCACAGUGCUGGUGCGUUGCCGGCAGUCGAGGUUCAAAGCCACACAGAGGAAUAAGCAGGGGGCAGAGUGGAUGUCCCCAAACCAAGAGAGCAAGCAGAACAAGAAGAAGAAGAGGAAGAAAAGGAAGUCCCCUAAGAGCUCUCUCCUCAACUUUGUUACUAUCGAAGAAUCCAAACCUGAUGACCCUGCCCACGAGCCCAUCAACGGGGCUAUUACCAUUCCAGCUGAGCUGGAGGAGCAGACUAUAGGACGAUUUGACUGGAGCACCACACCACCAUCGACCUUUAAGCCAAGUAGCCCAGACCUAGCACGGCAUUACAAGUCGGGAUCGCCGCAGCCCUCUUUUCAUCUAAAGCCAGACACUCCAGUUUCCGCAAAAAAGCACCAUGUGAUUCAGGAGCUUCCUUUGGACAACACCUUCGUCGGGGGCUGCGAUACCUUGUCCAAGCGAUCCUCUACCAGCUCAGACCACUUCAGUGCAUCAGAGUGUAGUUCCCAAGGUGGCUUCAAGACAAAGGGUCCUUUGCACACCAGACAGUCUCAGAGACGCGUUACAUUUCACCUCCCUGAUGGCUCCCAGGAAAGCUGCAGUGAUAGUGGUCUGGGAGACCACGAGCCGGUAAAUGGUGGCCCGCUGAUCUCACACCCUCUCCCUCUGGUUCAGCCGCAGGACGAGUUCUACGAGCAGGCUUCCCCAGACAAGAGGACCGAAGCCGAUGGCAAUUCCGACCCCAACUCCAGUGAUGUUCCACUUGGUCCCAGAGGCUUAGCCGAAGCCACAGAAAUGUGCACUCAAGAAUGCCUGGUACUCGGACACUCGGACAACUGUUGGAUGCCCGCAGAUCUUGGUUCCUACCAGCAACUCAAGCCCCCCCUCUCCACUUUUGGAUCGCAGAAGGAAUGGAUCAAGAAGGAUAAGUUAAUAAAUGGCCAUGCGCUUUCAAGGACCUGGGAAGCGGAUGGCAACAGAAGCCAAUUCAACGACAGGAAGCUGAUUGGCUGUGGUGACGGGCAUUAUACUAGUGGGAACCCAAUGACGGACAUCCCCCUGGCCAGCCUGAAGUCUUACAAACAGGCACCAUCAAACCUGGAAACAGCUAAAGAACAUCAACUAUGAAGAGUACUUUGUCCUUGUCCAGCCGUUAACUCAUGUCAGCCUGAUUGUAGGCACUAGUGGUAGAAUAUGCUAAUCCUUUUUGUCUGAAUUCUGUGUUACGGGUAGGACUUUAGACCACUGUUGCAGCAAGUACUUGAAGUUGUCUGUGUUGUAGGAACCAUGGGAUUUGGUAUCUCUGUUGUCUACUUAAUGUAAAAGAGGAAGGAGCUAAACUUCAUGGUGGAGGAACUGGAACUGGCCACCCCACCAGAACAGCAAAAAGAAAAAAAAAUGGUGGGACUGUUUCAUAGUUUAGACUUGGAGACACUGAGAAAAUGAUAUAAUACAAGUGAAGCCGAAAUUGUGGAGGAACAAAAUAUAAAUUGCUGCUUUUAAUUGAGGCCAAUUGCUGCUGAUGUACGUAAUGAGACAGGAAACAAAAAGAUUCUAAAAUGAGAGCACGAUUAACUAAGACUACAAAAUGGGCAAUCCAGCUUUAAGUGAUCCAAGUGAACAUUCAAAGUGUUUGUAAAUAGGACAACUUGUCAGUAAGACCUAUUUUAUGGAACUAUAUUCUUCCCAAAUUGUAGCAAAAGACUGUUCUAUCACUCCACAACUGUCCCCCUUCCCUUUGUCUGCAUCCACUGUGGGGUUUCUUUUAAGCUUCAUGUCACUGAAGUCGCAGUGAAGAUGGUUGAGUGUUUGUAAUCUGUCCAGGAGUACUGUUUCCACGCUCACAGUCAUUUAAUGUGUUGUGCCUUCAUUAUGUACUGGAGCAUAAUUCUAGUUGUCAUAGGGGGCGACUAAGGCUCUUACUUAUAGCAUUCUCUGUGCCUGGCAGGUACCAGCAUUGUUUAGUUGUUCAGAAUGAGGAAAUCUUCAAUGCAGCUUUUAACAGCAUGUUUAAGCAAAUGAGAAUCAAGGCUUUGUUUCCUUUUUUGAUUUUUUAAAAUGCAGCACUCUGGGCAUGGUGAUCCAAUCUAAAAAAUUUGGUAGAUAGCAUGUUCUUUGCAGAAUGGAUGAUUUUCUUUCAAACACAUUCCAAUGUAGGUACACCAAGCAAAAAUACGUAAAAAAAAACAUAUACAAAAAAAAGGAAAAAAAAGCUAAAUAAAAAGUGGCAACCAAAAAAAAAACACAUCAGUUGCUCAUUUUAAAAACAUUGCUGUCCCUAAUUUUUGGGAUUCAUUUCCAAACAUUCUUAGAAUCACUUGUUAAAGCAUGAAUGGUAGCAGAGAGCGUACAUAAUUAAAGCUUGUGUUUGAUUUAAACUGGAAAGUACAAGGGCAAUGAGUGGUUGCUUUAUAACACAACUUAGUAAACCAUUUCUACUUGUUAUUUAUAUCUAUUGUUAUUUAUUUUGAUAUAUAUAGCGUACUUUUUGACAAAUUUUUAUAUAGAGAAAAUUGGGGCGUUGUCAUUGAGUCAAUAAAUUUGACACAAGGUUCAUAUAUAUUAACUGAAAAGAUUAUUUUAACGUAGCGUAUUUUGGCAAUGGAAGUUACAAAAUAUAAGGGAUCAUGAAUACAGGAGUAUUUAGUACGCUGUAUCUAUUACAAUUGAAUAACAUUCUCCCUAAUGUAUUAAAUGUUCCCAUUAGUUUAGCCCUAUAUUUGUUAAUUUUCCAGAGAGAUUUUAUUUCUGUGUAAUACUGCUCAACAAGUAACAUCUUUAAUGUAACCAUUAAAAAACACAAAUAAUUGAAGAAUAUUUUUAAACUUAGGAUACUUGUCAGGUAAAAUACGUUUUUUUCUUAGAAUACGUGUUGAUAAAAUAUCCAGAGAGUAUAAGUAAUAUGUAAUUAAAGAUUAGGGUUCAACUCUGAAGGUGUUUCUGAUACUGAACUUUGAAAAGGUAGCAUGUUAGUAUGAAUAUGACAAUGGAUUUAUGUGAAAAACACUCUGCAUAAGGGUUUGCUGCAGCUUUAACUGUUCUAUGCUGAAAACGUUUUUGAAACCUAGUAGCUGGAUGCAAAUACAAAACGAACUUGCAUUUAUGAAAGUGCCCUUCACAACCUCAAUACAUCCUGCUACCAUCCCCAACCCCCGCUCCAAAAUUCUCUCCGGCCAAUGAAUUCCUUAUUUUUGAAGGCCACUCAUUGCCGCAAGGUAGAAAGAGGCAAAAUCCCAUCUCCACACAUCCAUGCGGAGGUGGCUAUUUACUGUCUAUUUAUUGAAGUGAAUGUUGGUUUGAGGAAUGACACGUUGGACAGACAGCCAAGUCGCAUCACCCGGCCCUUUGGGAAAUGGCUGUGGAUUAUGUCAUAAUGACCAAAGCCGCCUUCAAACAAAGCUGAAAAAUGGCUCGAGUCCUGGGCAGAGGGUAUUCACCUGAGUGAUGGGCUAAAUUUAUUGUGCCCUACUUAGAGACUGAGAGCAUAAAAGUUCAUUCUCUCUUGUAGGGGCAAAAUGCGUAUGCAACAGAAUGGGGCUUGAUCACACAGCCUUCUGGCUUAAAAGCCAAAAUCAUUACCGGUCAGACGAAGGUAAGUUUCAUAAAGGUACAGGUGUCUUUUUGCAGAUGGAACUUUAUGCUUCAGGUCGGCCAAGUUCUUGGCUUCUGAAGCUUGACAACAUAUUUUGUUUUUGUCUCUUCGCCUGCUUAGGAGAAUUCUCUGGAAAGGAUGUGUAUUCCUUCACCACAAACCUUCCUGCAGUAACUUGGCUCUCAGUUAUAACAGACAUGUAUGCAUUUAAGUUUGUUCCUGAAAUUUGUUUUGCUUAAAUCAAUAGAUUUGAAUUUCAAGAAUGGAGUCCAACAAGCAUCUGUUAUAAAAUUCCCUGGUUACCACACAGAGGAUAGAAUUGUAACCCAUUGCCUUCUUCCUACUGCAAACCUCAUUCCUGGAAGCAUGGGGUCAACCUAGCAGAAUGGCUAAAACUGAGGGAGCUUAUCACAAUGCAAAUGCCUGAUAUCCUGCUCCCCAAAGAUUUUGGAAGAGUUUGGAAACUGGUGGUGGGAACAUGAGGCAGAAGUAGGCCGAGAGACCUGGUGAAAUUCAAAGAUGCAAGAUCCAUCGAGAGUGGAUACUUCUGUUCACACUCAUGAAAAAUCUCAGGAGCAUGUUCCUGUAUUGAUCAACAGUAGAAUCCUGUAGAGGGGGAGGAAUAUUUGGCUUUAAACAUACCAAAAAGUCAAAAGAAAUCCCUCAAAUGGAAAAGACUUUAUCUAUGGGUGUUCUACUGAUCAUCUGUAUGCAAUCAAGGAAAACUCCAGUAAGACAGGAUAGUAAUUUCAUAUAUAAAUAUAUAUAAAUAUAUAUACACUCUUUAAAUAUGCAUUUACUUACAUGCUGAGCACUAGAAGAAAAUACAAGAGUCACUUAUUUGUGCUUGUGUAUAGCACGGAAAGAUUAAGUCCAUGUUUUCAGUUUUGACAGUCAACGUAUUAUACUUUCUGUAAGAAGUUCACGUGUCUUUAAUUUUGUCAAAAUGUUAUAACGUGGGUCAUGGCUGACCUAUUUAGUCACAGUAAAGUCUGUCAGUUUGCAAGACGUGUUUAGAUGAUGAUGGCAAAAAUAUACGACAGUUAUCCUUGUUACUGCAUUGUUGGUUCAGCGUUAUUUACAGUUAUUCUGCUCUGCAAUAAAUGUUUGGCAUUCUGUAGUGUGUUGUAUAAAUUCACCACUAGAAUUGAAUCCGAGUACAAUGGUUCACA